AUGAAGAGAGAGAACAUAUUGCAACCAACUGCUCUUAUAAAAAAGAGGGCAGAACAAAAGUUGUUAGGAAUAGAAAUGAGAAGAGAAGCAGAAUUAAAAAGGUCAAAGAUGAAAUUGGAAACUGCAAAAAGUCAGAUAGUUAUGGGGUAA